AUGAUCAGGUCGAGUGAGUCGCUGAAACGCCACGACGGCAGCGGCGUAUGCAUCAGCAGUGCCUACAUUCCACCUGGACUGGGCGAUGCCGAGGCCUACCCCAGGACCAACAUGGUCCUAGGCUCUGGCAUUGUGCUGGGUUCUACCAAGGGUGGUCUGGAAAGCGAAAAUGGCUUCUUCCAGAGCAAGCUGAGUGUGGCCGAGAAGCUGACGCAGGCACACAACAAGGAAAUCCUGAAGAAGGUCGGCUCUGACCUGGGUCAGAUCUCCGACGGUAUGACGGCUAGUCAGUUG